UCAGUUGGAAGAAGAAAUCAGGGGCAAAAGUUUGCUCAGUGACUCAGAGCUCGGUAUAGGACAUUCAGCAUCUAUUGACAGCGGGGACUAAGAUCGUCGCUGUGGGAAGAAACUACGCCGCUCAUGCCGCCGUCCCCAAGGCUUUACAGCCCAUCCGGAUAGGAGGUAUUCUCUUGUGUAAAUGGUUAUGUCAUGGGCGGCAACAUUUCAUAUCUCAAUUCCAAAUUCUUCAAACACCAUGGAUAAAGGAAAUUGAAAUAGAAAACCGGUUGAGCUCACUCUCCCCAACAGUUAAUGCCCAUGGCUUCUACUUCUGGUUUCAACCAAACCGACACCAACGCUGGCUCAUCCUCUUACUUCCAGAAAACAGUGUGCUUGCACGAUUGGUGGUUGAUAAAAGCUGGAAAGGACUUCGAAGGGAAACGACUAGCCGUUGCGGGGUUUACAUCCAGAGAACAACAAGCUAUGCGAGUGUUUUCCUCGGCACCUAUAGUCAAUAGAUACGAUGUUUUUACGCUGGAGACAGCCGACGGGAUAUGUGUAGUGCUGAAUGGGUUUGUUAACAAGCAGCGCACUAACGAUAAUGGGUUUCCCUCCACGAUUUUUAGUCAUUUCGUGUUUGGCUUUCCUCCUGACUGGGAAGAAUGUGCUGCAAAGCUCUUGGAAGGAGAUUCUUCCACUGAUGUUCUUUCAGGAAGUACCUCUGAUUUAGAGGAGUUUGCCACUCAUCCAGAAAUUGCAGGCGAGAAAACUGUUAGUCCAUCUUCAGAACAAACUCCGAAUAAUCAUGAACAGGUUACUCAUGAAGAUAAGCAUGACAUUGAAGCUCUAAAAGGUUGUUCUCAUAAUGCCAGAUUGCGGAAUUUGAAAGGCAACCUGAAGAAUGACCCAGAAUCUAGAUGUUAUGUGAAGCAUAAAAACAAAAAGUUGAGUCCCAAAUCAGAGACAUUUGAAAACCCAGAUGGAGCAAAAGCGAAGAGUUCAUCAGGUACCUCCAAUCAAUCCAAGGGCCAAAAGAUGGAAGGAAAGGGCCGAAUGUUGGAAAAAUUGUCAGUGAAUGUACAAAGCAAACAGAAGGAAGAGAAAUGGGCAGGCAAUGGGUUGAAAGGCACAAGAAAUAAGAUAAAUUCCGUUCUGUUGGUCUCUGAUGAUGUGAGCAAUAUUUUACAAAAUAACAGCUCUGAAUUUGAGGGCAUUGAUAUCUCCAGUCUGCCUGCUGAUGAAGUUCAAGAGCCAUUGCAUGAGAACAUCAUAAGAAAGAAAGGUGCUGAGCACGUCAAAGAUGGUUCAGUGCAGAAUUCUGCUGCCAAAAGCGUGCUAAACUGUGGAAACAUUAUGACUCAAGGUGGUAUGCAGGCAAGGAACAAUAAUUCAGCUAGGUCUCCCAUUGGGCGUGUUAAUAAAAAUCAUACAAAGGACUUGAAGAAUGCAGUAGAUGAAGGAAAAAGCGAUGCUAAAGAACAAAGCACGAGCAGAAAGAAAAUAUUUAUUGUUUCUCCAGAAUCUUUGAGUUUUGGACGAUCUAGGUCAGGGAGAAUACUUCUGCCGACCUUGCAAUUCUGGCGCAAUCAACUGCCAGUUUAUGAUGCGGAUCGUAAAAUCACUGGAAUUAAGGAUGAGGUGGCUGUGAUAGGAACAUCAAGAGGUUUUGGAAAUCAGUUCAAGUGGAGCAAGAUGUAUCGACGUAGGGGAGUGGACUUUCUUGGGUUUUUUGUUUUUCUAAAUUUAACCCCUUUUUUUUGGUCAGAUGAUAGGAAUUUGAAGCUCAUGGCGUCUACUCCAUUGCGGUUGUGAUUUAGCCAAGACACCAAUUGUUUGUUAAUCUGUUGAAUUCCUGGUUCAUAUAUACAACAACACAGUCACGCUAAUGAAGUAGGCUUUAAGAUUGCAGGCACAUUUUGGAGGAUGAUUUUUUGCUCGAAACUUAUUACAAGCCAUCAUAGAGAAACUAUUGUUGGAGUCAACUCAUUUUACGUAGAUA